AUGCUGGCGCCUUGGUUGCUGAGCGCCGGGCUGAAGCUGCUGCUCUGGGGCGGGCUGUGCGUUGUCUCCCUGGCAGGCGCCACCCUCACCCUGAACCUCCUGCAGAUGGUGGCGAGCUUCUCGCGGAAAUGGCAUCAGAUGCGUCCUGUCCCGACCGUUGGGGACCCCUACCCCUUGGUGGGACACGCGCUGAUGUUGAAGCCGGACUCAAGAGAUUUUUUUCAGCAGAUCAUUGAUUACACUGAAGAAUACCGACAUCUGCCACUGCUGAAACUCUGGCUCGGGCCCUUACCUCUCGUGGUCCUUUAUAACGCAGAAAAUGUGGAAGUAAUUUUAAACAGUUCAAAGCACAUUGAAAAAUCCUACAUGUACAAGUUCUUAGAACCGUGGCUUGGACUAGGACUUCUUACAAGUACUGGAAACAAAUGGCGCUCUAGGAGAAAAAUGUUAACACCCACUUUCCAUUUUACAAUUCUGGAGGAUUUCUUAGAUGUCAUGAAUGAACAAGCAAAUAUAUUGGUUACUAAGCUUGAAAAGCAUGUUAACCAAGAAGCGUUUAACUGCUUUUUUUACGUCACUCUUUGUACCUUAGAUAUAAUCUGUGAAACAGCUAUGGGAAAGAGCAUUGGUGCUCAAAGCAAUGAUGAUUCUGAGUAUGUUCGAGCCGUUUAUAGGAUGAGUGAUUCGAUACAUCAAAGAAUGAAGACGCCCUGGCUCUGGCUUGACCUUGUGUUCUAUAUGUUUAAAGAUGGACGGGAACACAGAAGGAGCCUAAAGAUUGUACAUGAUUUUACCAACAAUGUCAUCACUGAACGGGUCAAUGAAAUGAAGAGACAUGAAGAAGGUACAAGUAACGACAAGGAGAAGGACUUUCCUCCACACAAAACUAGAUGCAGGGCUUUUCUUGACUUGCUUUUAAACGUGACUGAUGACCAAGGGAACAAGCUGAGUCAUGAAGAUAUUCGAGAAGAAGUCGACACCUUUAUGUUUGAGGGCCACGAUACAACUGCAGCUGCAAUAAACUGGUCCUUAUAUCUAUUGGGUUCGUAUCCAGAAGUCCAGCAAAAAGUGGACAGUGAACUGGAAGAAGUGUUCGGGAAGUCUAACCGUCCUGUUACCCUAGAAGACCUGAAGAAACUUAAAUAUCUGGAAUGUGUUAUUAAGGAGAGCCUUCGCCUUUUCCCGUCUGUUCCUUUCUUUGCCCGUAAUCUUACCCAAGACUGUGAAGUUGUGGGUUACAAAAUCGUGCAAGGCUCUCAAGUAAUCAUCCUGCCCUAUGCACUGCAUAGAGAUCCAAAGUACUUCCCGGAUCCUGAGGAAUUCAAGCCAGAACGGUUCUUUCCCGAGAAUUCGAAAGGACGUCACACAUACGCAUAUGUGCCCUUCUCUGCGGGCCCCCGAAACUGUAUAGGUCAAAAGUUUGCCAUAAUGGAAGAAAAGACCAUUCUUUCCUGCAUCCUGAGGCACUUUUGGGUAGAAUCCAACCAAAAAAGAGAAGAACUUGGUCUGGCAGGAGAGCUAAUUCUUCGUCCAAGUAACGGCAUCUGGAUCAAGUUGAAGAGGAGAAACACAGAUGAAUCCUAA